CACAAAUUCACCACUUUCAUGGUUUCCAUAGCGACAGAAGUAAACGUCCAAAGGGAUCGCAUUGAUUUGCACAUAUAUGCGCAAUCGCGUUAUUGCUUAUUGCAGAUCAAUGCGAUCCCAUUGGAGGUCUCCUCCGUUAGCUAGCUUUUAACUUUUGAACAUUCGGUUCCAACGUACGUAUCAUAAAUCGUUAGAGAAUAUUUAAGCACAUGAAGUUUGUUUCCGUCCGCUCUUUGACCCAAACAAGUUCAAGGCCUUCUUUGUGAAAGGGAGGUGAAGUAUAUAGCUAGGUAGAAAAUAAGAGAAUUAUGCUUGUUUUGUGUGUUAACUGUUUGAAUGAAAUGUAUUUCUGAACCUCAUCAAUAAUGGGAAACAUGUGAAUAUUUUCUUCGUUUUAGCAUACCUAGUGCUUUUGUUUUAGAAAACUAUUUAAAUAGGAGUACAGGUGCAUCCAUGUUUUAAGGACUGUCAAUUAUUUAAAUUAAUUAUUGAGGACAACCCAACAUGAUUUCUCAAAUAAUUAAGGACUGUCAAUUGCAUCCAUGUAUGUUUUACUCGCAAUUUGAAGACAACUAUUCUUUUCAAAAAAAUAUGAGACAUUCACCGGGAGUGCCACUGUGCCGGAUAAGGCAGCGGAAACUAGAGCUUUGGAAUUUUUUUAUUCUUUUUAUUUUUAAUUAUAAAUAGAUUUAUUAAUUCAUUAAGGUUAAGUUUUUCAACCAGGCGUGCCGGUAACACAAGUGUAAAUAUAUUCAUCCAUUCAUUAAGACUUCUUCAUAAUUCAUUAUAGUAUUAUUACUAUUAUUAUAAAUAUUGUUAUUAAUAUUAUCACUAUUAUUAAUCGAAUAUAAUUUGAUUAACAUUCGAAUCGAAUACACUGAUAUUGGUAUUUGUAUUUGAUAACAAUUCGAAUGAAAUUUAGUAUUCUUAUUUGUAUUUGAAUUUUUCUAAUUCAAAUAGUCUUAUGCAUAUUCGAAUCCCGAAUCGAGUAUUAAUUAUUUGAUUCAUUUACAACCUACUACCUCCGUCGCUUAAAGUUGGUCACACUUUCCCGAAACGGAUGUCCCGAAAUUGGACAUGAGACCUCAAUUCAAUAACUUCACUCACACUCACUUGAGCUACCCACGCACGUAGUAAUGCAUCAAUAUCAAAUUAAAGCACAAGGUAAUUAAGUAGGGUUGAUAUUACUCCGUAGUAUUAAAUUAAACUUCAAUUAUAUUAACUAUGUCGGUUUCUCCCCAAAAAAAACUAGGUCGGUUAAAAUACAUAAUGUCGGUUUAAUUAUGGACUAUUAUUUAUACUCCGUACAUUACAUCCGAUGAUUCAAAAUCAGAUUCGAUAUCACCCCCUAAUAUUCCUUCAUUCACUUCUUUGAUUCCAAUUUCAAGCGAAGCUUUGACCGAAAGAUAAUGGAGAACGAGGAUAUGAGAUUCACAGUCUACACUGUGUGUGAUCGUCCUCGGAGCGCCGCCUCAACGACGGCGUCAGCCGGACUGCCUCGCGACUGUGUGUAUGUGAAGUUCAUCCUGUACACAUCCCCAUUCCAGAUGGACUCAAUCACUACCGUUUGCCGUCAGCUUAGCAACGAGGGUCGCUUUUCAAUGUUAUCGGCGAUUCUACCCAAGUGGGGCCACAUUCUUGAUUGCCAAACCCUACUGGCCAUCACAAAAGAAGUGAUCCAAAAAGCGCGGCAACAAAUCGCUGAGAAUGAUCAUGAUCAUCGUCGGCGUCACCAGAUUCUUGUCAAGAUACUAUCGUUUCCGAUGCACGAUGACGUGGAGGCGGCGGACGAUGAUGAUGCCAACGCCGUUGUCCGAGGUACGAGGACGGCGUUGGAUAGGAAGAGGAAGAACGCCGACAUUGACGACGGCGGCGGCAAUCAUCACUGCGUUAUUUGCAUGGAGGAGAUGACGGCGGAGAUGCGGAGGGCAAAUAAGAAGAGCAAGAUGUUUAACGGGGUGAUAACGUGCAAUCAUAUUGCGGCGGGGUCGUACUUUCACAACCGUUGCCUUUGCACUUGGCUGCGGAAGAACCCUUCUUGCCCUCUCUGCCGCUCACAGAUCAUAAACAAAAUUCAUAAUUAGCCUCUCGUGAUUUUUGAUGUAAUAUUAUUACUAAUGGAUGCUUGAAUGAAGCAUUGCUUUAAUUUGUAAAUGUCAGUGCAUAAUUUUCGCAUUGAAAUACGUACGACAGCAUGGUUACAUUAAUUUUUUUAAACGAUGUAUUAAUUAUUUAAUUCCACCUUAAAUUUCUUGAUGUUUCUAAUUAAUUACUUUAACCACUUUGGUACGGUAUGGGGAUUUUUCACAAUUCUCAUACGUUAACUGAUUUAAUUUGACAUCUUGAUGAGAGCUUACAUAUCGUGAAUGAAAAAAAUUAAAAAGAAAUCUUUAACUGAUCUUUCUUUGGUAACAGCUACGUAGUUCCGCCCCUGACAAUAAGCAUUGGUUUAUUU